AUGCCCCGCGCCGUACGAUUCGAGGAAGACCACAUUCUUCCCAGCCCAGACACACCCGCGUCGCCACAACACGCACUGUACAAAGGAGUGCCUAAAGGGAUUUUACUGCAAUCAGGGACGUUUGAAAAGAGGGCAUCGAAAGGUGGCCGAGCCAGCCGCCGAUACUCGACACCUGUGAAGAUCCCGCAAGACAUGCAGAACCUUAACGUUGAACCGGAUUAUGGACGUGAACAACGAACUGCCCGAAGACGCUCCUUGACCGCGAUUCCAAAUUACACCCCCCACCCGUCGUGGCAAGCGCCGUUGCCUCCAGUCGAGGUUCGGACUGCUCCUACUGCUGCGGAGAGGCGGCCCCCGCUGUCGCCUCAUAAUCCUCGAGCCUUCAACGUCGAGUCUGUGCCAGCCCGAGUUCAUCCUUCACCAAAGCAGAACACAGUCAAUGAAGCCCAGCUCCCUCGAUACUACGGCACCGAUGGUUCUGGAGCAUCCGGAGGGAUACCCCCUGCUUAUGGACACGUCAAUCACGGCAUUGGAGCUUAUGGCGGUGUCCCGCAAACGCCUUCCACCGCGUCCACCACAUCUCACUUGCAGGCCAGGGCCCGCACCCCUCUCGGCCUCAAGGACGUCGUCGUCGACACCCACCUGGCUCAACCACGCAUCCACUGGGACAUCGCCUACCCAUUCAGCACGGCCGUCUUUCCCCUUCGAUCCAGGUUGCAGUUCUCCAACCUCGACGUUCCGGCGACCACCCCCGCUCUUGAUAGACUGACGAUCAAAUUCGAACAUUCGCGACUUGAAGAGGCCUGCCCUUCCUUCCCCCUCUCGGCGAACUGGGGUUCAAUCAAGAUUCGAGGGAGUCUCCCUGUCGAGCAUCAAGGGAAGAUGAUAGGGAUCGUUACGAUCAGGGAUAUCGUCAAUGCGAUCUACGACUACUUCCAAGUACCCCUCAGCGCAGCAGAGUUUGCUUCGGUUUCCAAGGAGUUUGUGCCGCUCGUUUUGGAGGCUCAGAGCAGGAGGCUGCAUUCAAAUCUGUAUCAGAUUCAUGGGAUCCCGUUGAGGGUGGAUGUCAUGGGCGAGCUGACUCGCUUUGGGGGCCUUCGCAUUACUGCUGUGAAGGAGAAGAGGCUGGUGUUUGGCUUGGAUUUGGGCCCUUGGUGA